AUGGGCAGCAUCGAAGAGCCAAGGGCAAGCCAAAGCUUCAAUGCAGUAAAUGUGAUAAACAAAACAUAUGCCGAUUCAACAGAGUACGACCUCAACGACUCGCUGGUGUUCCUUAUUGGCUCAAUAAACAAAACAAAGGCCAGAAACAAGCAGCUGGUCAAGCAACACUUUGGAAAGUUUGUUGAAUGCAGGGCUGUGCUUGAGGAUGUGUGGGCAAACAUCAAGCAAAAAGGAUACGACAAGGAAUUCACAUCUGAACUUGAAAACAACAUCAAGGUUGUAAGGGAUAAAUUCAAUGAGAUAGCAUCUAAUGUUUUGGAGGACAGCAAGAGUGAGGUCAAUAGGUAUAGAAAAGAGUAUUAUGCAAGCAAGUACUCGGAUCUCUUCAACAUCAAGGCUAUACUUCAAAAAAACCUUAACAACCUAGAAAGAUUUGUUGAUGUGUAUGAAAAUGCAAGAGGGAUUUACGAGCAGUUGAAGGGAUCAGAGUAUGUGCGAACGAUCUGGGGAUCGAUUCAUGACGAAAGAUGUGAGUUUUUGGAGAAUAUUUAUAGACGUAUACAGCGGCCAAGAUGUACUUUCCAAGAGGCUUCAUAUUACUUUCAAUUGUAUUUCAGGAUAUGUGAGACAGAGACAGAACAUAAGAUAAUGAACACGCUUCUGGUAAACUUCAAGGAAAACAGCACCAAUGCGUUGGAGAUGUUUGCGUUGGAUGAUGUGCUGUGCGUGGAUGAAAUUACAAAGCAAUACCUGAGCCUUAUGAAUAAAGUUGGCGAAGAGAUUCAGAUACAGGGGACCAACCAUUACUUCUACUGUAUGGGAUGCAUAAUGCAUGAAAAACAGCUAUUGUUCACCAAGAUAUGCAUAAAAAGGUUGAUGGACAAUAUAAAGAUUGCAUCGUUGCGUCCUAGUGCACAAAGCGUGUAUUUUUCACAUCUCAAGAGAGUGAAGAUUGGUGUUAUAGAUGACGAACUUGAGAGAUACAGUACAUCAAUAACGGACCCGGCAUCACUUGAGCAUGCAUUAGAAGAUUUGAAAAAAGCUUAUACAGUGUUAAUCGACAUUGCAUCAAAGGAGGAGCAAAAGUACAUCCGAGAAAAGACACUAAAGCUGCUAGGAAGCUGCUAUGAAAAGAUGGAGUUGCAUGAAUUUUCUGGCAUUGAGCAUGUAAUCAAAAGCAUACAUUCGAUGGCGCCAUUGAUUGGAAAACCAGGGUCCAAGGAUAUGCAAAGCCUGAAUACGAUGAUCAAUGGAUAUAUAAAUAAUCACAGCAACAAAGUAAUGAAAAAGAUCGAAAGUAUGAUUACAAAGCAAGAGAGUGAUAUACUGAUACUUAUGGAAAUAACAAGGGUGAUUGAAGAGAUUCCACUAGAAUACGAACGCAUUAUAAAGCAGAUAAAGCCACUAGUUGGGUCAAUUCCUGUCGUAGCAUACUAUCUGUCGAAAAUACUCAAAACCGAAUAUCAGCAAACGCUAUCGAAUGAUGCUAGAGAAAGAAUAGACGAGAUUAGAUACCAAUUCGGAUUUUUACUUGAUAUUUAA